AGUGUUAGUUGGUAACAUAUACAGUCGCUUGUCACGAUGUUUACAUAACUUGCUGAAAUAUGUUGCUUCUCCUUUAUGGAUUAUUCCGUUAAAUUAAUAGACAAGAUUUAACAGUGGAGUUGGAUUGUAAUAUCUGUCGGCUGUCAGUAUGUGGAAGGAGUUAUGGAACUGGAGAAGACAAUCGGAAAGUAAACCGCAGGAAAAGACAGAACUUAAUGUGACCACCGAGAUGGGAGCGGAAGAGAGUCGAGCAGGGAAUUAUGGGUUGAUGGGAGCGAAUUCCGUUAAUCGGAACAUGAACAAACAAAUACAAAGAGCUCGGCCCUGGUCUCUUUUACAUCAAUGUUCCGUUGACCAAUGGAAGGCUGGACAUGCAGAAGCAGCUGGCUUCCAGGAGACCAUCAUGUCGUGUAGUGGGGUCGUGUUCAAAGAUUGUAGCGUGACUUUCUGUACCAGUCGACAAGGAAUCAUAAAUAUUAAAUCAGGCCCAAUAUUCAGUUUUAGACGCAAAAGCAAAUUCACUAAAAUGGCCGAACAUUUUGAAUAUAACCACAUACCAGCCCAUCUCUCAUCGAUUCAAAACUUCCAUGUAAAAAGUGUUCUUUGUUAUAAAGGAAAUACGGUGAUUCUUCAUUUAGUUCGCAAUUUAAUGACGCAGUUCGGCAUUAUAGAUUUACACCAGAAUAAAUUUUUGGGAAUCUUCGGACAUCAGACGGUGGAAUUUGUCAACGAAGCUCUGAGAGGUGAAAUCAGUCCGGAUGGUACUAUGGUGAUGAUAAAAAUACCGUCACUUAAAACAGGAAAUAAUGCCUUUGUCUUCCAGUUGUACGAUUUAGAUACAAAGCAGUUAGUUAGUGAAAUUAGUCCUCCAUACAAUCAUUCUAUUUUCGCUUUUGAUCCGAAGAGUUGCUCUUCACGUUUGGCGAUGACAAGUUUUAAAGAAGGACAUGACAAUAGCUUGUGUUUAGUGCGAGCAGCAUCAUGGGAUAUAUUAGCCAUCAAUUCUCGUGUGGAUGAUCUACGAACCAGUUUACAUCCUAAUUUAAAGGACUUGAAGUACUCGUUAGAAGGGAAUAUCCUCUUUGCCGUCAUGGUUACCAGUGGUUGCCAUUGUCGAGAGAAACGAACCCGCAGAUUUCAGCCAAUAGAUGUCAGCAUUUAUAUUUUUGAUGGUGAAAAUGCUCAAACGUUACAUUGUAUUCAGUAUCACCGCUAUGCCUGUGGCGUUCAUUCCUGUCCGAUAAAUUACAUGCCCACAUUCUCGUACUGUGGCAGUCGAAUGGCCAUUGUUCUAAAUGAUAUGGAAACAUCUACGGAUCAUAUACAGAUUUAUAAAUUACCAAUUUAUGGAAACUUACAAAACCGGUGUCGUAUUAGAAUUCUACAGCAGUUUUCCCCGGAAAUCAUCGAGAGGCUCCCCCUUCCAGCAAGAUUAAUCAACUAUCUACGAUUUCAACCAGAAUAUGUCUAAUUUAUUAUUUUUAUUGUUUAUUUAUGUUAUGUUAUGUUUUGUAUGAUAUGUUAUAGUCUAUUGUGAGCUACGCAAAUAUUGAAUGCAUUUUGAAAAACUGGUUGCUAGGUGUGGUACAGAACUGGUUGCUAUAAGGUGUGGUACAGAACUGGUUGCUAUAAGGUGUGGUACAGAACUGGUUGCUAGGUGUGGUUAUGCUGGUUGUCUUCCUGGUACAGAAGAACUCUUAAACUUCAAGCAAGAAAUACCAGUGAGAUUAACGUGAAACAUCACAACAUGGAAAUUAUCUUGUUUUGCUGUCAUUGUGAUUUUGAUUGUUGAAGAUAACAAAUCGCUAUAUUUUUGAGGUUUUAGAUAAAUAUCAUUUAAUGCUCUGGAAGGUUGAAUAUUCUAACGCCAACUCCAAACUUUUAUAUACCGACUAGUCAUAAAUAGAAGGUUUAUUAAAAUUACCGGUAAUUUUAACUUAAAGUCAGAUGGUGCAAACUUAUUGCAUUUUAUAUAAAAGGGGAAUAACUCUCAUUGUGGUAUUUUUCAGGGAUUAUUUGUUUUUGUAGAGAAAUUAAGAGAACAAUACAAUGUUUUAUAAUAUAUUAGGCCUAUAGAUGCUUUGCUUUGCAA